UCUCUCUCUCUCUGUGGGUGAACUGGAGCCGGAGCGCAGCUCGGAGACCAGAGCAGCGGCCGGGCAGACAGGGACCGAGCCUCCGACCCCAACCUCUCCACAGCCCGACAUUGCGUGACGUUUCCCGGGUCAGAGAUGACAGGGAGCCGCGUGUGGACGCACGGACUGCUUCUUCUCGCUGUUUGUGUGGAGGUUGCUGCCGGGGCCAACGAUGGGGACGCGGUGUUCAUCAGGGAAUUCACCCUGAUCCGACGAGACCAUCUCGCGGAAGAGCCGCUCCACGUCAGCAGCCAAAAACCGGAGGACCCCAGCUCGCGGACGGCCCGAUCGGAAGAGGACAGAGACACUCUGUGGGAUGCCUGGGGUUCGUGGAGCGAAUGCUCCCGGACCUGUGGAGGAGGCGCCUCGUACUCCCUCCGACGAUGCCUCAGUUCCAAGACCUGCGAAGGCCAGAACAUCAAAUACCGCACGUGCAGUAAUGUGGAUUGCCCUCCAGAUGUUGGGGAUUUCCGUGCCCAGCAGUGUUGGGCUCACGCUGACGUGCAAUACCAGGACCAGUACCACGAGUGGCUCCCUGUGUACAACGACCCGGACAACCCCUGCGCCCUCAAGUGCAAAGCCAAGGGCUCGGGUCUCGUGGUGGAGCUAGCGCCCAAGGUGCUGGACGGGACGCGCUGCUACACCGAGUCCUUAGACAUGUGUAUCAGCGGAGCCUGCCAGAUUGUGGGUUGUGAUCAUGAGUUGGGGAGCACGGCAAAAGAGGACAACUGCGGCGUCUGCAAUGGAGACGGCUCGUCCUGCAGACUGGUGCGGGGACACUACAAAUCCCAGCAUGCUUCAGGAAAAACUGAGGACACAGUUGUUGCCGUCCCCUACAAGAGUCGUCAUGUGCGUCUGGUCCUGAAAGGCCCGGAUCACUUGUAUGUGGAGAGCAAGACUCUACAAGGGGUACACGGUGAACUGGUCUUUGAGAAAUCAGGGCAGUACAACCUGGAGAACACCACCUUGGACUACCAGAGACUCUCAGAUAAGGAGGUCCUGAGAAUCACCGGCCCACUCGGAGCCGACUUCACAGUCAAAGUGCAGUUUGCCAGUGGAGCAGACAGCGUGGUCCAGUACAUCUACUACCAGCCCAUCAUCCACCGCUGGAGGGAGACCGACUUCUUCCCUUGCUCCGUCACGUGCGGGGGGGGUUACCAGCUCACCUCGGCCGAGUGCUUCGACCUGCGGAGCGGCCGGGUGGUUGUGGAUCAGUAUUGCCAUUAUUACCCAGAGAACGUCAAACCCAAACCCAAGCUCGAGGAGUGCAACAUGGAGCCCUGCUUGGCCAGUGACGGCUACAAGCAGAUCAUGCCAUAUGACCUCUACCACCCCCUGCCUCGAUGGGAGAGCAGUCCCUGGACCGCCUGCUCCACGUCGUGCGGAGGAGGGAUCCAGAGUCGCUCGGUGUCCUGCGUGGAGGAGGACAUGCAGGGGACCAUCACUGCCACUGAGGAAUGGAAGUGUCUCUACUCCCCCAAGACAGCUAUACUGCAGCCCUGUAACACCUUUGACUGCCCCACCUGGAUGGCACAGGAGUGGUCGCCCUGCACGGUGACCUGUGGCCAGGGUCUGCGCUACAGGGUGGUGUUAUGCAUCGAUCACAGAGGACUCCAUGCUGGAGGCUGCAACCCCACCACCAAACCCCACAUCAAGGAGGAGUGCCUGGUGACUGUGCCCUGUUAUAAAUCCAUAGAUACACUCCCAGUUGAGGCCAAACCUGUGUGGCAUAAGCAGGCCAUAGAGCUGGAAGAGGAGAUCAGCGUUACUGAGGAACCGACCUUCAUCCCCGGUCCGUGGCAGCCCUGCAGCAGGACCUGCGGCGCCGGGACCCAGCGACGGACCGUCAGGUGCCAGGUCCUGCUGUCCUUCUCCCAGACGGUCGCUGACCUGCCCGAUGACGAGUGUGAGGGGGGGAAACCCGCUACCAGCCAGCCCUGCUACCGUUCUCCCUGCUCUGGGGUUUCGGUCCAAGGAAAAGAAAAGGAGGGAGAGGAAGAGGAGGAUGGGGAGACACCUGAAAGAGAAGAACUACACGACUGGGAGUAUGAGGGGUUUACGGAGUGCUCAGAGAGUUGUGGGGGAGGUGUGCAGGAGGCUGUGGUCAUCUGCCUGAACAAGCAGACCGGGGAGGCGGCAGACCAGGGCCUGUGUGUGAGCUCCCGUCGGCCCCCGCAACUCCUGCAGGACUGCAAAACCCAGCCCUGCCCACCCAGGUGGGACACAGAGGAGUGGAGUUCAUGCUCUGCUACCUGUGGGGUUGGUCUGAUGACCCGCAAUGUGGCAUGCACCCACCGGCCUUCUCGAGACAGUAACCGGACCGAGGUCUUGAGGGAUGAAGACUGUCAGGCGCCCAAGCCCAGCCCUGUCCAAGCCUGCAACCGCUUUGACUGCCCUCCUAUGUGGGAAACGCGGGACUGGGGCCAGUGCUCCCAGACCUGUGGGGGGGGAUUUCAGAAGAGGCAGGUCCUGUGCAAACAGCGGUUGGCAGAUGGUAGCGUCCUGGAGCUGCCGGACACCUUUUGCUCUUCCAAGGGCCCCGCGAACCAGCAGUCCUGUGCCCACCAAGAGUGUCCCCCUCAAUGGGUGACAACGGACUGGUCCCAGUGUUCAGUAACCUGUGGAAGUGGCAUUCAGAGACUACAGGCAGUCUGCAGAAGACAAGGGGAAGAUAGGGGACAUGUGAUCGUAGACCCUGAGAACUGUUCCCUGAUGGCCCGGCCCACCAAAAUCCGGCCAUGCUCCCUUAGGCUCUGUGAGAAUUCUGCCAAGCCCGAUCCCACCAUACUGGCCCAGAGAAAGGUGUACAUCCAGUUGAGGAAGGGCAAGAAGUUACACAUGGUUGUGGGAGGCUAUGCCUACCUGCUCCCCUGGACAACCGUGGUCCUUCGCUGCCCGACCCGACACUUCCGCAAAGGCCACGUCCGAUGGCUGAAGGAAGGAAAGCCCUUGGCCGGACCGCCACACCUCUCCGUAACACCGCUGGGGUGCGUGAAGAUUCAGCAGGUUCGCGCGUCUGAUGCCGGGAUAUAUACAUGCGUAGCGGGUCAGGCCAAAGAACAUUUUGUCCUCCAAAUCAUCGGCAGCAAGCAGAAGCUCUCUGUUCCGGAGGCGUGGCUCCUCGCGGGUGGACUACAAAAGGUUGGGCAGCCAGAUGUGGCCUCAACGGGGGAAAGGUUUCCGGAGCUACCCAUCUCCCUCAACCAAUAUGACAACAUUGUUGAGCAUUUCCUCGAACUCCACGGCUCGCGCCAAGCUGUAAAAGACACCGCUGAUAAAACACAGUCCAGUGAAAGGAACAGGUCGACCCUGGAGGAUGAGAGAACAGGAUCAGAACUUUCGAGCCUGCUCGUGCUCACCGCCGAUACCCACAGGCUAGAUGAGAUCAUGCACAACCUCUCUGAAGGCCACGGAGGGCCAUGGGGGGAACAACUCCUCACGCAACUGCUGAGUGAGCUCAUUGUGACCCAAGGUGAAACCAAUGAGUCUACUCUUCACCCCCCAGAAAGUGCAGAAUCCUCCACGCAAGGGCCUCUCCUGUAUAAACCGAACAUCAAAGCCCACACGUCCAGGCCAAGGAAUCCGGUCAUAAUCCAGCGGCCCGGGAAGCUCGGAUCGGCAACGUCGCCUGACAUGAUAGUCCACGUGGGCGUGCCAGUUUUGCUGCAGAAACCCAUUGCUACUUUGGAGCUAAAGUGUGAGGCUCGGGGGGACCCUGAACCAUCCCUGACGUGGACCAAGAAUGGAGAAGAGUUGCACUACAACAGCAGAGUAGGCUUGUUAUCCACCGGCUCACUGAGGAUCCAGUCUCCGAGAAAGGUGGAUGAGGGUCUGUACACCUGCACCGUCAAAAACCGACUUGGAUCUGCAUCUGUUUCGUCUUGGCUGCAGAUCACAGGUUUCAAAGGAAGAAAUUGUGUGGGAGUCAAUGGCCCUAUUUGCUCAGAGAGGAGUAACAGCAGCAAGUCAGCUGAGCUGUGUAAUAAUGGACAAGCCUGCCCCCCCAGGUGGCAGGUGGAUCCUUGGUCGCCAUGCUCAGCCAGCUGCGGAGGCGGCUCCCAGACCAGGAGCAUCCGCUGCGUGAAGGGUCCCGAGGGCAGAUCCAGAGAGGUGGAGAGCCAGCACUGCCUUGGCACAGGGAGGAGACCCUCUGACACCCGGCUCUGCACCCUGCUGCCCUGUGCCAGGUGGGCCACUACCCACUGGGGAGCAUGUAGUGGUCAAUGUGUGGGUCCCAGCUUGGCCACGCAGCACCGCCAUGUUUACUGCCAAGACACAAACGCCACCAAAGUCUCCUUCAGGAUGUGCAGGGGACUCCAGAGGCCCGGCUCCCUGAAGAACUGCUCGGCAGAGGCCUGCGCCCUUCACUGGCGCGUAGGGCCGUGGACGCAGUGCACCGCCACCUGUGGCCAGCACGGUUUCCAGUCCCGCCAGGUGACGUGUGCCCACCGUCGAACUGGACAGGCCACGCGGGAACACCACUGCAUGUGGAGGACUCGCCCCCCCAGCUGGCAGAGGUGCAACCUUCUGUCCUGUGGCAGAGCAGGAGAGUGUCGAGACAGCACGAGGUACUGCGAGAAGGUCCAGCAGCUCCAGCUCUGCCCGCUGCCCCAGUUUAAGAGCCGCUGCUGUCAUUCCUGCCGAAACACCUGAGGCGGUGGGGGGUGGGGGGGUUGUAAGACCAGGGCCAUGGGCGACCUGGAUAGGUCAGGGGACAUGCUCACACAGCCAACAGAGACUCUAUGAACCCUCUAUGCUCCAUCCUUACACCCGCAACUGUCUUCAAUGACCAGUCUUGGAUCAGGACCCCUGAUUGUGGAGGAAAGUCUGGACGGUCGUAACGAGACCGGUUGGGAUCCGCUUCCCUCAACGAUCUCAUGUGUGGGUUUGAAUCUGAACGUUUUAUGAGGCGUGGCUGUUAACGAAGGCUACUUCUUUCUUUUUGUAAUCUGACGCUUAUGAAGCUUUCCGAAAUUCUGCAAACGGGACUGAGAUGCAUUUCCUUUUAUGAGUACUAGGUUUCUACUGCAGUGACUGCAUUGUACCAUAAAGGGGAAGUAGCUGUCCACAUGAAUGAC